AUGGCUAGCGAGGAAAGACCGUUGGGCGUGACGCCGCCCAUCUCUACUGCUCUUCCCACCGAGGCGGAAAAUCAAGCGAAGGAAAUGCUCAUGGAAGAAUACGAAGUCAUUGCGCACCUCGAGCGGAUAUGCGACGAAUUCGUGAAACGAGUGGCACGGAAAAGGGAGGCAGGCAACGAAGCUCUCAUUAGAGACGCUAGAGGGAAGAUCUUCACCUAUGGCAGUUUUCGCUUGGGCGUCUUCGGCCCUGGCUCCGAUAUCGACACUCUCGUUGUCGCUCCGAAAUACGUAACACGAGCCGACUACUUCGAAAUCUUCCCUAACCUGCUGAAGGAAAUGGCGCCUCCUGGCUCAAUCACCGAUAUGGCAGUGGUAGCCGACGCCUUCGUGCCAAUCAUCAAAUUCGAGUUCGAUGGCAUCAGUAUCGACCUGAUCUUUUCUCGCAUUGCUAUGCUAAAGCAAUUGAACAAGGACUUUACUGUCCAAGACUCCGGCCUUCUUCGAGGUCUAGAUGAGGCUGAGCUUCGGUCGCUCAAUGGCACACGGGUUACAGAUGAGAUUCUCAGCUUGGUUCCCGAGGAAAGCACCUUCAAGUUGGCCUUGCGUGCCAUCAAGCUUUGGGCGCAGCGUCGGGCCAUCUACGCAAACAUCAUGGGAUUUCCUGGUGGCGUGGCCUGGGCCAUGCUGGUUGCUCGCGUCUGCCAACUAUACCCCAAAGCCGCGAGCUCCGUCAUCGUCAACAAAUUCUUCCACAUCAUGCGCCGCUGGCCAUGGCCACAGCCCGUCCUUCUGAAGCACGUUGAAGGCGGCCCUUUGCAGCUAUACAAGGGCGAUCAAUUUCAUCUGAUGCCUGUAAUUACCCCGGCCUACCCUUCCAUGUGCGCCACGUACAACAUUACCCGGUCAGCCAUGACUGUCAUCCAGCAAGAGCUCAGCAGAGGAUGCGACAUUACCGACAACAUCAUGUUAGGCAAAAGCCCCUGGAGCGAUCUGUUUGUCAAGCAUACUUUCUUCACCAAGGGGUACAAGUAUUAUAUCUCUGUCAUCACUGCUAGCACAGACAAAGAAGCACACAAGAUCUGGUCAGGCUAUGUGGAAUCCAAGGUCCGUGUUUUGGUUCAAGGCUUGGAACAGCACCAAUCGAUAGCUUUGGCCCAUGCAUUCAACAAAGGUUACGAGCGUCGGCACAGGUGUGCGAACGACGCAGAAGUUUCCCAGGUUCAAGCUGGCAGUUUCUCGUUCCUAGCAAAGGAUAGCGACGUCAAACAAGAGGACUUUGAGCAAGAGACGAAGGUCGAAAAGGUUGAGCCGAUUGAAACGAAGCCCGACAUGAGCGACAUCCCAGGGCUCAAGACGGAACCCACUGACAACGUACAUGGGCUCAAGACUGAAGAAAAUGAGACACAGCCAGGUCUGAAGACGGAAGGAGUCAAGUCGGAAGACGAGAAUUCCAAAGCUCCCAAUCAGAUCCCGAAGCAUAACCCUUAUACCGACGUCUUUACCACCACGCACUACAUCGGGCUGACCCUGAGCGAAGGCGCGAAAUCACUUGAUCUAUCCUAUCAAGUCGAGAAUUUCAAGACCUUAUGUACACAGUGGGAAAAGUACGACGCGGUUCUCAACUCGUUGAAUGUUCAGCACGUGCGGAGCUUCAACCUUCCCGACGACGUCUUUGAAGCCAACGAAACGAAGCCUCAGAAGCCUCAGAAGAAGCGUGUCAUCCCGAACGCGAACGGCGCGGCUCAGAUCAAGAAGAGGAGUGCUUCAGAGGAAAACCAAGAACCACCCGCCAAGCGCCAGCAAGCUUCUGUCACGGCUGCCGGUUGA